AUGUUCCAACACAAGGCCAACGAGGCCCAUUUCCUGAACAACAAGGCAUGGAGAGACUGCCGCUUGACUCUCCCGGGAUACGGUAGGCCGCUGGACUUUGCUCCCACAGAGAAAAACAUCUAUGGCGUUGAGUGUCGGAGCAUGUUUCCCUCUGCGUUGGAUGAUAGGGACAUUGAGGCAGGAUAUGUGAAUUUACCUGUUCUCACCUUGCGUGAGAUGGCAAUGGUAUGCUUCAUGGAGGUCCUUACAGAUAUUCCCAACUGGUGGGACAAGAUCUUUGAGCCCGCGGUCCAGGAGCAGUGGAAAAAGGAUGCCAUGAACAGUGGCGAUGACAUUACGGCCAACAUGGCCCAAUGGAUUAUUGAUGAGCUCCAAUUCAAAGCCAUGAUCUACAAAGACUCCCACGUCGUGGCCCUGUACAAUGGGGAUGUCACCAAGUCAGACACAAACUUGUCAUCAUCGUUAAUCAACACUCUGAGAACUGAGAUUAAGCGACUGGAAUUCAACCAGGAGGAUCUGAAGUUCUUCCACCCAGGACCUCUAGCUAAACAGCGAGACUUCAUCUCCAUGGCUCUGUACCCACUUGUUUAUGGCAAAACUCGCAUUCUCUCCGACAGGGUCAUCAAGCUCGAUGAAGCCCUUGAUUAUGCUGGCCAGGGCGAGGUCAUCCCAAUUCCAAGAGAGACCGGCAUAACUAGAGAAGACAUCGCCUGGCGAGUUCUGGCCCGUGCAGAUAUCAAGGUCCGACCUUAUAGCCGAGAGUACCAGAUCUUGCCUACCGACUGGGAACUACGUGAGGACGGCAAAUGGCAUAUCGCCACAUACAUCAACAAUCUGCACCCAGUCAAGCAUCGGAACAUCUACAAGCUCAUCGAGGAGGCUUUCAACUGCAUCAUCCCACAGUGGAAUAUAACUCUCACCCCUCUCAAAGAUAUGCUUCAUUCUCGAGCCCGGAUCGAGUACCACAAAGCAGAGUAUCAUCCUCUUCCCGAGGAAGUUGCCGCCCAGGCGCCUCGAAGGAACCCCAAAGAAACGCAGAGCGAAUACGACGAGCGCAUGGAACAAUGGAGAAUGGAAAACUAUCGCGCCGUCCAACCUGAUGCAGGCACAUUUUUACCAUGGGCAGUUCCCACCUGGAUGAUGGACAAGCUACCGGGGGACCUGCCUGCUCCCGUACGGAUUGAACGAGGCGUUGACCUCAACCGGGACUACAAAGAGCGAGGCCUGCAAGUCAUCACCCGCAUGGUAGGAGUUGAUCUCACCCCCGAGGACCCAUACUUUGAAGCCGACUGGCACGUCGAAGGCACAAUGGUAAGACCCGAGCACUUCAUACCCAAUUCAAGCACAAAUUCUAACAAGGAGCAGAACGAGCACAUCUGCGCCUCGGCAUUCCUGACGUACGACCACGAUAACGUGGGCGAUUCGUAUAUGGAGUUCCGCAACAUGGCAGAAACGGACACUCUCACCGAAGUCGAACACGAGCAGAACGACUUCAUCUGGCUGCGGCAAGUGUUCGGUCUCGAGAACGGCGAGCCAGCCAUCCAAUGCCCGGGCACGAUCCGCGCUAUGCCAGGCCGCUGCAUCAUGUAUCCGAGCACGGUGCAGCACAGGUUCACGCGCUUCGAGCUGCAAGAUAAAUCGAAGCCUGGAUUCGCGCGGGCGUUGGUAUUUUUCCUCGUCGAUCCGAAUAUACGGAUCAUCUCUACGGCUAAUAUUCCGCCUCAGCGGCUUGAUUGGACGAUUGGUAUCCCUGAGACUGGGGAUAACCUUAGAGAGGCUAUGGCGAAGUUGGCGCUUGACAAUCGAGAUAAGAAGGGGAAUAUGCCAAUGACUCUGGAUGAGGCUUUGGAUACACGGGUCAAGGUUUUGAAUGAGAUUAUUGAGUUUACGCGCUAUCAGCAUGUUGCGUUUGAGUCGAAUGUUUUGAUGCUUUAG